UAGUAGACUCCCUUUCAGUUUACGUAAUGAUCCAGCUUUCGAUAACACAAAUAUACCUCAUCCAUUCAAGGGUCAAAAACUAUAUUUAUUGCUACAAAAUUAUCUCAAACUUCAAGGUAUAAUAAAUAUUUAUUAUAUAUUUUGCACUUAUUGGAAAUGAAUACAAUAAUAAUUAAUAAAGAUAAAACCAAAUAUACAGGGUGAUGUAAUCGAUACUUUGUUUGAACAAAUAACGUAUUAAUUGCUCUAGAAACUAUAAAGUUUAAACGCUAUUACCAUGUCUAAGCACUUUAACCUUGAUUGCAAAAGUGAUAAGCCAAAUUAGCCUUUUAGUAUUAUUGUGAUAGUUUGUUUAAUGCAUAGUUUACCAGUGCUCGUGUAUCGAUAUCUUUUUACUGGUGUCAAUAAUUUUAAAUGAAACCGUAAGUACCCCAAUCAUUAUUAGGAUUUAUGCAAAUUAUACUGACGCAAAUAGAUUUGUAAUCAAAUUGUAAGGGGAUUGUAACUUUUUCCAUAAUAUAUAAUUCACAAAAUCUUAUACAAUAAGUGUUGUUUGUUUUUGGCAACCAGUCCUAUAGCAGUGAUGUAAUGUUCUACUUCCCAACCUCCAUGUAACGAUGUUCAAAAAUAACAAAUCAAGUGACUCUCAAAUACCUCCUAAUUCACAAAACAAACAAGAUCAAAACACGAUUCCGCCUUACAGAUAAAAAAAUAAAUAAAAUAAAACACUCAGCCCACAUUAUACAUUAUUCAAGUCAAUUGAAUUUUUAUUGAUACACGACAAUUGCUGUACUACUUGGUACUACUUAGUUUAGUUUAACUUGCGAUAUUGUUCGACUCGGUACUUGUAAUUUUUCUAGUGCCUUGCAUCAUGGCAAACAAGAAGGAAAUCGAAAAAUUAGAAGAUUUAAUUAAAGGAACUAUUGAUGGUGAAUUAGUUGAACAACAAGUGUCUUCUUUGCUGCCUCCAGGCGAAAACUAUGGCAGCGUCAUGUAUAAAGUGGACUUUAAGGUGAAAACUUCAAGUGGCGAAAUCAAAGAAUACCAUGCAGUGGCGAAAUGUACCCCCUUAAACCAAGUAACCCAGGAAAUGUUCAACACUCAAGUCACUUUCAAAUCGGAAAUUGCUUGGUACACUACAGUGAUACCGACUUUGAAAAGUUUUGCCAAAGAGCAGGGACUUCGAAGAGAAUUGGACUUUUUCCAGCAGUUUUACGGGGCCAGAAUUAGUCUGGAUCCUGAAAGCGACAAGGUGGAUUUAGAUGGGGUGAUUUUGACUGAAAACUUGAAGUAUUUGGGUUAUGGUAAUGUGGACCGCCAUGUGGGAUUCGAGGCAACAAGUACCAUUAGUAUCUUAAAAGACUUGGCAACAUUUCACGCAAUUCCAUUAGCAAUCAAAAUCAAAAACCCAGAACUUUUUGCCAAAAAAUUGGUACCCUAUUGUCCUGACAUUGGCAACGGGUUUACAAAAAUGAAGCCACAUUUUGACCAAAAGCUUAUAAAGAGUCUCAAAGAAAUUCCUGAAUUGACAGAUUUUAUGCCUCAAAUUGCAAGGAACAUUGAAGAAUCUUCGCCUUUUGGCGUUAGAGAAAUAAGAGAACCUUGGGCCGGUAUAAUGCACUUGGAUUUUUGGUGCAACAACAUUAUGGCGACCAGUGAAGAAACUCCUAAAGUUAUGAUUCUGGAUUUGCAAGUUCCUAAACAAGGCAGCGUUGCAGCUGAUUUGAUAUUCUUUUUGUUAACAUCUGUUAAGUUUGACGUCAUUAAAGACCGUUUAGAUGAAUUUGUUGAAUUAUAUUAUGAGGAAUUCAUUGAGAACUUGAGGCAACUAAAGGUGGACACAAGCGACUUCAAACUUGAUGGACUUUUAGAGGAAAUUACUGAGGAGGUUAAAAAAGCUGAGUUUCGUCACAGCUUGAGUCACUCUUAUCAAAUGCUUAUGAAUAAAGGAGUUGCUCAUAUUGAUACAUCAGAUGCCAAAUUCAAACAGGAAAACUUUGAUGCGAAACCUCAGGGACUUAAUGAACGGCAAAUUGAGAAGUUGAGGUGGAUUAGUUUGGAAGUUUUGAAGAGAAACUGGAUUUUAUAAAUACAUUCUUUUGGUGUUAGGUAUAUUGAAUUUGGAUUAAGGAUUUUCUAGAUCAUCACUUUUUGUACACAAUCACAUAUUGUCAGAAAAAUGUUGAAAUAUUCGAAUUAUAAAGAUGUUUUUCACUGAAUCAAUUUGAAAUUUCACUUGAAUGAGCUGCUAUUUAUCCUUUUUUCAUCCAGAAUUUUCAAAAUUAUUCCUGCGACAGUUUUCCAGGAAAAGAAUUAAAUAUGCGAGAGUGUUUUUAGUAAAAUCUAGUUUCUGGAAGUUGAUUUGCAAGAAUUUUUCGUGUGACUGUUUUUCACUGAAUCAAUUUCGAAUUCCACCUAAAUGAGCUCCCAUUAUUCCUUUUUUUAUCCAGAAAAUUUCAAAAUUAUCCCUGCAACAGUUUUUCAGGAAAAUAAUUAAAUAUGCGAGAGUGUUUUUUGUAAAAUCUAGUUACUGGCCUAUAUAACUACAUCUUUUCCGAUUGUAAUUCAGAAAAACCCAACUUCAUUUCUAAUUCAGACAAUCGCAAUUGUAAAUAAGAUAACUUAAGAUGUAAUGCAAAUAACAGUUACAUAUUAUUCGGAAUAUACGAUUUUUUGAAAAUAAUGAUGUUUUGUAAAGUAAUACUCUACAAACUAUUUUUUCACUCAAAACCUGAGGUGAGUGCAGAGUUGAAAUUUUGAGGACUUUUUCCUAAUAAUUCAAUGUAAAAAAUACAAAAAACUCAAAGCAAUUCAGUUAUUAUUAAUGGAGUUACGAUUUUUUGAAAAUAAUGAUGUUUUGUAAAGUAAGACUUUACAAACAAUUUUUUCACUCAAAAACUAAAGUGAGUGGAAAGUGGAAAUUUUGAGGACUUUUUCCUAAUAAUUCAAUAUAAAAAAUACUAAAAACUCAAAGCGAUUGAGUUAUUAUUAAUGGAGUUACGAUUUUUUAAAAAUAAUGAUGUUUUGUAAAGUAAUACUCUACAAACAAUUUUUUCACUCAAAAACUAAAGUUAGUGGAAAGUUGAAAUUUUGAGGACUUUUUCCCAAUGAUUCAAUAUAAAAAAUAUUAGAAACUCAAAGCGAUUGAUUUAUUAAUAAUGGAGUUACGAUUUUUUGAAAAUAAUGAUGUUUUGUAAAGUAAUACUCUACAAACAAUUUUUUCACUCAAAAACUGAAGUGAGUGCAGAGUUGAAAUUUUGAGGACUUUUUCCUAAUGAUUCAAUGUAAAAAAUACUAAAAACUCAAAGCGAUUGAGUUAUUAUUAAUGGAGUUACGAUUUUUUGAAAAUAAUGAUGUUUUGUAAAGUAAGACUCUAUACAAACAAUUUUUUCACUCAAAAACUAAAGUGAGUGGAAAUUUGAAAUUUUGAGGACCUUUUCCUAAUGAUUCAAAGUAAAGAAUACUAAAAACUCAAAGCGAUUGAGUU